GGGGGACGGAACACGCCAUUGUCACAGCACAGUGGUCGGUGACGUAGGCGCCGUGGAAUGAAAGUGCCGGGUCGCGGAGUCAGAGGCGGACACACGGAGCGCCGAGCGACACGCGUGUUUUCUGUGAGCCGGCCACUUUCUCCCGGCGCUAAGAAAAAUAACGCUACCGACAGAAAAAGAAAAAAGAAAAAUAAUAAUAAAAAAAACAAACAAACAAACAAAAACUGGUUACUCUAUCGUCUUGAAACCGCGAUGGCACGAGGAGAGGGCGCCGAGCAGUACGCGGCGAGUUUGCUAUCAGUCAAACCUAUAAAUACAGAGAUCAAGACAGCAAAGCCAAAUGACCUGAAAAAUCGUCUGUCCGUGUGGAGCAAACUAUGCUACGCCAUCGGUGGGGCUCCCUACCAGAUAACAGGCAGCGCUCUGGGCUUCUUCCUCCAGAUCUACCUGCUGGACGUGGCUCAGCUGGAUCCCUUCUAUGCCUCCAUCAUCCUGUUUGUGGGUCGGGCCUGGGACGCCGUCACAGACCCAACGGUGGGUUUCCUGGUGAGCCGGAGUAGGUGGACCCGCGUCGGCCGCAUGAUGCCCUGGAUCCUUUUCUCUACUCCGUUUGCGGUGCUGACUUACUUCCUAAUUUGGUACGUGCCUCCAUUUGAGCAAGGGAAGGUCAUCUGGUACUUGAUCUUUUACUGCCUCUUCCAGUCAAUGCAGACGUGCUUCCAUGUGCCAUAUUCAGCCCUCACCAUGUUCAUCAGCAGCGACCAGAAAGAGAGGGAUUCUGCCACUGCCUAUCGUAUGAUGGUGGAGGUGCUGGGCACAGUGCUGGGCACCGCAAUCCAGGGACAGAUCGUGGGUGGCGCUUCAGAUUGUCCCACUGAGCUUGAUGUCCACAACAGCGGAAACUCAUCCAGGAACAACACGUCCAUUGUUUCACUGGAGGACACGAAACAAGCUUACUUGAUUGCUUCAGCGGUCAUCUCCCUCAUAUAUGUCCUCUGUGCCGCGAUCUUGUUUUUCGGUGUGAAGGAGCAAAAAGAGAGCAGGCGUAAAAAAUCAGACCCCCUUACCUUCCGUCAGGGCCUGUGGCUGGUGAUGAGCCACGGCCCGUACGUCCAACUGGUCAUCGGCUUCCUCUUCACCUCUCUGGCCUUCAUGCUACUGGAAGGAAACUUUGCCCUUUUCAUCACCUACGCUCUUGGGCACAGGAAAGACUUUCAGAAUAUUCUCCUGGUCAUCAUGCUAUCGGGAACUCUAACCAUCCCGUGGUGGCAGUGGUUUUUGACCCGGUUUGGGAAGAAGACGGCGGUUUACUUCGGCAUCUCGUGGGCAGUACCCUUCAUGAUCCUAAUCAUCUGCAUCGACAGCAACCUGGUCGUUUCUUACUUGGUCUCAGUGGCGGCAGGUGUGAGCGUGGCGGCAGCCUUCCUCCUGCCUUGGUCAAUGCUUCCCGAUGUAGUGGAUGACUUCAAGGUUAAGAACCCCCACGUCCAUGGCCAUGAAGCCCUCUUCUACUCUUUCUACGUGUUCUUCAUCAAGUUUGCCUCUGGGAUAUCCCUGGGUAUCUCCACCCUAAGUCUGAAAUUUGCUGGCUAUGUGACCGGGAGCUGCUCACAGCCUGAGACGGUCAGUUUUACCCUGAGGAUGCUGGUUUCUCCUGUGCCUGUGUGUCUUAUCGCUGUGGGACUGUUGAUAUUGAAGACCUACCCUAUUGAUGAGGAAAGGAGGCAAGACAACCAAAAGCUGCUGCAGGAAAUCCUGGACUCCGAGACAGAUUCUGAAUCUGAGACCUCAGCACUUGGGAGCAACGUUUAGCGGCGGAGGACGAGCCCCCACCAAGGCCGGUUUACGCCUUUGCACAGGCUGCCGAGGGACAUGACCACCAACUAUCUGGACCGACAGAGAAGGGACCACGGACACCACUGCUGCCCAGAAGUCAUCAGCAUUAAUCGUCUCCCUCCAGUGGCUCACACAGGUCUAUGUCGCCAUCUACUGGCCUGCUAGUGUCAUCUUAUCUGUGAUUCAAGUAUUUUCUGUUGCCUUUUAUCUCCAGCUGUGUCCCGAUUAAACUGCAUUCACUAAAACUAAGAAAAUAUACACAACAUAUAAAUCUCCACAGUGUAUUGUUUUGUCAGUUAGUGUAGAGACAAAGUCCUGGGUUUACUUCUGUUCUUGUUACUUUCACUUCUCAAUAUAGCUUUUCCUCUUUAUAGAGGUUUUACUUUACUGGUUUAGCAGAAACACAAUACUGGGAUCUGUCCAUAUUUUAACCUAAACGGGUCUUUCCCACUGAAAUGGACAGUAAAAUUUGUCACUUUAUCACUGUAAUUAAGAUGAAACACAUUUUCUGCCAGCAUUCACCAACUGUAGCUCCUAUAAGUGAAUGGCAAGGGCUCGUGGGAGCUGUAGUCAUUGUAUCUUGGUUAAGUUUUCCUCAACAAAGAGAAAUCAAUCUAUUUUUCCAGAGAUGUAUCACUUUAUUGUUUACUGAGAUGCUCCUGUGGCGAUCUACGAUGUUAUUUACCUUGAAUAUUCAUGAGCAGCUCCUUUAUUUCUUCUGUGCAUCGCAUUGUGGUACAGCAGUAAUCCUCAACUUCCGUUUCAUCACACCUCCUGUGUGACUGCACUGCGUCCUUCAAACCCGGUUAGAAAAGGCUGGAUCUGGGGCACUGCUUGUGAUUUGUGGUAUUGUUUAUGAAGUAUUUAUUUGCUGAUUUACAAAAUCGGACACUCAGUCAUGCAGACUUGACUGUGAUGUUACCCUUGAUGUUUACCAUGUCUGAGGCUAGCUCUAACUUUCCAUUCAGAGAGUGCUCUGAAGGAAAUAUAUAGUAUCAGCCCUUAUUCAUAAAGGGCAUACCAGCACUAUUCCACUAAUUGGAGUUGUAUGGAGGUGUACCACAAUUUCUACUUUUCUUUGGGUGAUGUUGCUUUCUAUAGAUCAUUUCAUCAAGGCAAAAACUUUACUUGUACUUGAAUCUUCUGAAGGGGGAAGGCACCUCGUGAUAUGAUGAACUGAAUGUAGAUUAUCUGAAUCACUUGCCUUACAUACACAUCUUGUAUAACUACUUGCAAUGAGAUUUUCUGUUGCUCAAACUGUUGGGUUUAUUUUUCUGUGUGCUACUGAAAUUUUUACCAUCACACCUUUUUUGUGCUUUAAGAUUAUAGCCGAUCUCCAUCAGGUUUAAUAGACGUUUUAGAAUGUGCUUUUACAACAAAGUCAACUCUAAGGUGAAGUCUUUUCACCCAGCAUGUUCUCACUUCCCAAGGGAAGAAAAAUGCUUUAUUUAACUAUUUAUUGAAACUAUCUAAGGGAUUAUAAUUUUUCUUAUGAAAGCACAUGUUUAUAAUAAUUUAUUAACAGUGAAUGGUUAUUGAUGGAUAUGUGACCGGGUGAUUUUCAAAUCCUGUGAAAAACAUUUCAGAACAUCAAAAUUGUGUUUUUCUUUUUCUUUUCCUAUCAAAAAAUAUCACAAGUUGCCGUAAUGUGAUUUUAAAGAGGCCGCCUUUACAGCAUUAUGACUCAGCAGGCCAAACUCAGAUUUUCUAUUAAGUUAUCCACGACACAUUUCUCCUCAAUUUCAGUCACUUGAUUUCACCUCAAAUGAUCUUAUCCCCUUCCUGGAUAAAUUAUGAAGUCAUAAAAUCGAAGUUUUAAUAUAUUCCUGCAUAGUUUUCCUUUUUAGGCCUUUGAAAUUGCACUAAAUGAACUGAAGGAAGCACAUUACAACUCUCUUUGGUCUCCCUGGUGUUUAUAUUCUGUUGUAUGUAUAAACUGUAAAUAAUUUUUUCUAAGUCUCACCAUGAUGAGCAAUAUAUAAAUCAGAGAUGAAAGAAGGUGAUGUGCUGUGAAUUUGUAAUUUAAAGUCUGUGAAUAAAG